GAUCGUUUACUAGCACCAUCUUGUGACAUCGUGCGGCGAAGUGCAGUGACAUCUAGUGGUAAAACAGUGCGACUGUCAGUGACAUCUAGUGGUAAAACAGUGCAACUGUCAUUGAUGGUCGUGACGUCACGAAUGUGGGCAGGCCGCCUCUCCGGCCGGCAGGUCAAUGACAUCGCCCGCACUUCUUGUGCUGUCUAUAGCACUAGUUUGUUCCAUAUUCGGCACAGCAUUGGAGCAAACAUUUGAUCAUGGGUCGUCCAGCGGCAGCGUCAUGACUUCUAUACUGAGGAACCAUGAGAUAGUCCACGAGACCAACUACCCAACCAUGGCCAACACUCGGACCAACAACUUCCAAAUACUCAACAAUAAUUAUGUAAAUAACAAUAACGAUAAACCUAAGAUUAAAGAGUACGAUGAAAUCUACACUGCCGAAGACAAGACUCAAGACAAAAAUUUGAAUGUACAUAGAAGUUAUUUAGACGCUUUGAAAGAGAGACGAAAAAAUAUAGGUGAAACUGUACUAGAUAACGGUUUCAGACAAUAUAAUACUAUUAGUGUUAAGCCUAAUGAGAAAAAAAGUAGGGUGAAACGGCAAGAUGAUGACAGAUGUGACGAAUUUAGAUUCAAGGGUAAAGACCAGAUACAGAUAUCUCACCCUCAUGAUAAGUCGAAGAAUGUGUAUUACAAUAACACGGAUUGCGUCACUACAAUUGCUGCUGAAAAGGACCAGAUAAUUCAGCUGACAUUCGUGGAUGUGUUCCACAUCGAGUACCACCCCGACUGCGCCUACGAUUAUUUGGAGGUGCGCGACGGCGAGCACGGCUACGCGUUCCCUCUCGGCAAGUUCUGCGGAGAAACCUUCCCCAAGCAGAUCUGGUCUUCAGGCCCGUACCUGUGGCUGAAGUUUCACUCUGACGACACCAUCGAGUACGAGGGCUUCCAUAUUAACAUCAAGAUUGAGCCGAGUCCGAAGAGCCAGAUGAUCCCCCGCGAGUGCUACAUCGAGCUGUCGGGCAUGUACGGCGUGGUGGACACCGGCGAGAUCCCGGAGCCGUGCCUGCGCGACUCCGCGCAGAACCUCGACGUGCUGUGGACCAUCACCAGCCCCGAGAACACCAAGAUAUUUCUCAACUUCACCACAUACUCGCUGACCAACCCGAACGAGUGUGAAGAGAAUGUCGUCCAGGUGUUCGGAGCAGUCCUUGAGGCACAAUCCAGCCUGGCGAACUACUGCGGCUCCAUGGCCAACUCGGUGACGACGAAGGGCGACACCAAGGAGGACAACGGCAACAUCAUGCACGUGCGCUUCUUCGCCACCAAGAAGGCCAGGAGUUCCGUGUUCAAGGGAAACUUCACCGCUUUCCGGUCACUGGAUCCUAAUAAGGAUGAGAAAUGCACGGACAACGAGUUCGACUGCGAGGACAACACGUGCAUCGACCUGCAGCUGGACUGCGACAGCUACGCCAACUGCCGGCUGAAGGCGGACGAGGACUUCGACCGAUGCAAUCACACAACGCACUCGCUGAUGGAGCAGAAGCACAUCCUGGUGAUCCUCAUCAUCUUCUCGCUGAUCCUCUCCGGGAUGACCUUCGUCUUCCUCUUCAAGUGCAUCAGGAAACUCUACUUGGACCACAAGAUCAUCAAGGAACACAUAAGACAGUCAUGUGAAGACCGUCUCGACGCGCUCGUGACCAGCAGCCAUCUCACUCUAGACCCCAAGCAGUUAGAGAGAGACAGCGAACCUCGAGCCAGUCUUGAAAGGGAGAACCACACUAACGAAAUGUUCAAGAGGCAGAGAAACUUCUCGCAACAUAAGCCUGCCAGCAUAGACUCAGACUACAUCCAAGAGACCCAAUUAGACCUGGAAGAUGAACCAUGGAGACGAGAGAUCGAGAGCACACCCCCAGACACAGAACAAGUCAGGAUAGAAAGGAACGGAAGAUCCAGACGCAGUGAUCUGAGCAGGAAAGAACAAUCUGUGAGGAAGGACAGCAGAAGUGUGAAAGAGAGGAUAGAUGAAGACACAAGGGAUAGGAAGGAGAUAAAAGAUGUGUCUGUUGGUGCUCCGGAUACGAAGGAGUCGGGAUGUCAAACUAGGGAGAGUCUGUUUGAUCCGGCUAGUCCUGAUGGCACGGAAUCAGGCAACUCUGGCAGCCGCGGGUUCUCAACCUUCGGCUACUCGGGGGCGACGAUCGCGCGCCCCUCGCCCCCCGCCCCCGCCACCGAGACCUCGCAGAUCACGAUAGAGUUGUUGAGGAGCAUGCCUUCGAGACAGGAGUCACAAGUGAAGAAGCUCCCGGACCGCCGGCCAAUGAGCAGCGAAACCACUCGCUCCGCCCCCGACGUCAUCAUCGUGUCCAAGCCGGUUCGCUGAUUGUGACCCCUGGGGCCCCGGCCGUGGGCCCCCACGCCCCCCGCGCACUUCCCGCCCCCCGAGCCCCGCACCUGCCCCGAAGGCGCCCACAAACCGCACUGCUACCACGACGUCUCAAAAAGCAUGUACUUCAACCAAUCAGACGGUUACUACAGCAACUAUUUUAAGGAAGGACCAAAGUGUUAUGAAUACUGUUUGAAGAGUGAUGUGGAUAGUUUGUGUAAGUCGAAGACUUUGCCUAGGAGUAUGGGGUCAUCGGUGGAUAUUAAGGGGCCAAAAGUGCAUCCGAGGAAUGUGUGUUUCUAUGGUGUGGAAGACGACAUAUCUCCGUUUAGGAAACGGCCGCACAAUACGUUUGUGGUGACGGCGGACGUGGAGCCGCACAGAUAACGAACGCUUAAGUUUUAGGUUUAGAUUGUUGUAUGGAAAAGUUUGAGUCGCUUUGUUUUGUAGCUGGCUUUUGGGGUGUCGCUCGCCAUUGAGUAUCGAUAACAAAAGAGAUAAGUGUAAUAGUGUUCCCAGUAGGCAAACUGUUAGCCGCAUAUCACUAAACUUCCUGAAGAAUUAUUUAGCACUCUUGAUAAAGAGUAAGGGUGCGUUGCGCUGUAUUACUCGUACGUCACGUCAUCAAUGCGGCAUGUAUUUUUUAUGGAAACAAUGCAGCAUCGACUCUACGACGACGGCGCUACGCACUAAUGGGGUCUCGCCCUAACCCAAAAAAUUCAAAGGUGAGCGAUUCCCAAAAGUCUUUAAAAGCUAUGUAGUAAUUUUAAUGACUUAAAAUUGUGAACUCUUAUAUCUAGACAAAUACGUUUGUUGCAUUGGAUUGUCUAUUUUAAAUAUUUUAAUUGGUACUAAUGUGUUCUUGUUUUGUAAUAAUAUAAAACGUUUUUGAACUCGUAAUAAUUAAAGUCUUCCAUACUAAUUGAAAGCUUAAACUUUGGGUUAAGGUAAAAAUUGGCCGCCAUCACUACAGGUUUCUAUGUAUUUCUAAGGGAUUCAUUUGGCUGUUAGCCACAUGACGCUCGACGACAGGUCCAUAGAAAUACAAUGAGAUUAGUGACGUUGGGCGAUAGGUCGUUUCCUACAACGUCAUGUAGUCGGCGGCCAGCCGCCACCUUUAUGGUUACCGAUUUCGACAUUAUAACAUUUAAAAAUUGGGGGAAACACAGAACUAGUCUUUUUAGACUUUAAACGUAGUUUGAUUGUAAAAAAGCGAUAAGUAAGGAAAUAUAAGUAAUGUUUUUUUACGAAUCCGUGAGGAAACUAGUUUAUUUAUUUAUUAUUGUUUGGCCAAAUUCGUAUUAUUAAUUAGGUACUACAUAAAAAGGUACCGAUAGGUAAAUUUUAAAAGAAUCAGACCAAAGAGUAUUAAAUUAAGGUGUUAGUAGAAGGAUUUUGAAAUUGCUAACCCAAAUGGCAUGAUGACAUUUUUGUACUUCCUAUUUCUAAACAUGGAGCAAACAUAAAUUAUUCACCUUU